AUGUAUCGCCAAAUUCUCGUCCACAAGGAAGACCAAGAUUUCCAAAGAAUCGUCUUUCGUAGGUCCCCAAAUAAGCCCAUAGAAGAUUUUAGGCUGAAAACAGUCACCUUUGGCGUCAGUUGCGCUCCCUAUCUCGCAAUCCGUACGAUUCAUCAGUUAGCGCAGGAUGGUCAAGACGAAUUCCCGCUCGCCAGCAAUAUCCUCCUACGCGAAACAUACGUGGACGAUAUUCUCUUAGGCGGGCAUAAUAUACAGUCCACUACAAGCUCAUUAACCCAAGUUAACGACGCCCUGAAAUCUGCAGGUUUUCCACUACGAAAAAUCACCUCAAAUCACCCAAAAAUCCUGGAAUCAGUCCCAGAUUCCGAGGUCCUUGAUGUUGAUUUUCUCCAGUUUCAGGACACUAGCUCUACAAAAAUGCUAGGCAUAAAAUGGAACGCGCUAACGGACUCCUUUUCUUACACGUACGAUCCUGUUCCCGGUGCCAACUCGAGGACAAAAAGGCAAAUAUUAUCAGCGGUAGCGAAAUUGUUUGACCCGGAAGGAUGGCUAACACCAAUAAUGAUUUCCGCUAAAAUGCUCCUUCAGCAACUAUGCAUGGAAGGAACUGACUGGGACGAGCACGUAAAACCCGGCGCUUUCCACAAAUGGAACACUCUGCGCGAAAAUCUCCCCGCGAUUAAUGAAAUUGUUAUUCCCCGCUGGGUGCAAUUCUCCCCUACUCACCGUGUACAAGUACACGGGUUUUCAGACGCCUCUGAAAAAGCUUAUUGUGCCUGUGUCUACCUCCGAGUACAAAUUGACGAAAACUCCUUCUCGUCACACAUACUCGCAGCUAAAAAACAACGACGUAUUGAAUCCCUGCACACGAUUGAAUCGGUGGACAUACUUGAGCGUUUUUCCUCCUUUGCUCGAGCGUUGCGAGUAAUAGCGUUUAUGUAUCGGUUUAUAAACGCAGCGAGAAAGCAGCCGAUACCCACUUCUCUCCCCUUAACGCACGAGGAAAUAAAUCAAGCCAAACUACGUAUUAUCGGUCAGACCCCAAGCCCGUACUAUAUCAACGAAAUCAGCUCAUUAAAUCAAGGGAAAUCUAUUAGAAAAAAAAAGCCCUCUACUGACUCUGAAUCCGAUGGUGGAUCGAGCUGGAAUUAUGCGCGUAAAUGGACG